UGUUGUGGAAGAGGAUUCUGCAGCCCAAACCACAGGUCACAUGACAGAUUUGUGCAGCGAUGAAGCAGACAACUCUCCUCCUCUUCAGCUUCACACGCUCAAGCAGUUUGAACAGCACCUGAAUGACCUGAAGAAGGAGAACUUCAGCCUCAAGCUCCGCAUCUACUUCCUGGAGGAGAGGAUUCAGCAGAAGUACACGGAGAGCAGCGAGGAUGUGUACCGCACGAACAUUGAGCUGAAGGUGGAAGUAGAGAGCUUGAAGAAGGAGCUCCAGGACAAACAAGAACUUCUGGAUAAAGCCCUCACAACAGCAGAAAGUUUGACCAACAACAAUGAAGCAGAGCUGCAGAGACGAUGUCAGGAGCGACAGCAGGAAAUUGACCACAUGCAGCAGGUGCUGGAGACCAAGAUUCAGCUCCUGCAGGAGGAGGCCCAGCUAGCUCGCAGCGAGGCUGAGAGGAUGGCCUCGCUGGCCGGGUCCCACUCCCACGCCUCCCUCGUUUCACUGGACGCCGCCAUGGAGGAGAUCCCCGAGGACGAGAGGCCUCCACACCUCCUGUCCCCGUCCAACACCAGCAAAGACAGGCUAAUAGAGGAACUGACCGAAGAGCUUCACUCUAAUGAGGCCUUCAUCACCGAGCUCUGCGACGAGAAAGAAACACUCACGCUCAGGGUUGGAGAGCUGGAGGAACAAGUUCAGGAGCUGUCCUCAUCUCUGCUACAGAAGGACAAGGACAUUGAGUUUUAUCAAGAGGAACUGGGUCAGGAGAGGCUGAGAAUCGAACAGGAGAUGCAGAACCUUGUCGAGGAGCAGCAGAGUCAACUCAACCAGUACGAGUGUGCGGCCGGCCAGUGCGUCAGCGAGCUGCAGAAGGCUCAGCUCCAGGUUCAGUCCCUGCAGGCUAAGAUCCAGGAGAGCGAGGCCAACAACAUGAAGCUGCAGGAGAAACUGAACGAGAUGGAGUGCGAGCUGCGCUCAAUCCGCCAGGCUGCUCAGAGUCAGGAGAGGACCAUUCAGGGCCUCACAGAGUCCAUCAGUACUAAAGACAACGAGGCSCAGGAGCUGUACCAUCUGAUCGAAGGACAAAACGACACUCUGUGUAAGCUGCAAGAAUUGGCUCAUCGCAACCAGCUUGCUCAGAACCAGGCUCCAGCAGGGAUGAGCGAGUCCUUGACGCUGGCUCACCUGCAGAACGAGCUGGUCCGGGUGCAGGGCUCCUUGUUCUCCCUCGGUCUGGAGCUGGAGGCCAGUCAGAGGAGUUUAAGACAGAGUGAAAGGCAAGGGGACGACCUGUUGAAAUUCAAGGGUCGGCUCAGCUCGGACCUCCAAGAGGCCCUGCAGCACCGGGAGGUCACGGCGAAACACAACCAGGAUCUGCAUCACGCCCUCCAGAGAACCCGCUCCGAGCUCCAGAGUAAGGAAGCGGCCCUGAAAGAGAGCGAGGCGGAGAGACGCGCGGCGGCGGAGGAAAAGGACCGGUUCAUUGAACAGCUCAAACACUCCCUGCAGGACAAGGAGCUACAGCUACAGGAAUACUCUGAGAUGGUGGAGGCGACAAAAAGCUCCAAACCAAGAGACGUCCUGCUGGAGAAACUAAGGGAGCGCAUUAAAGAAAGAGACAGAGCCCUGGAGCGCUCCAUUGACGACAAGUUCUGCUGUCUGGAGGAACGGGAYGGCCAGCUGAGGAGGCUGCAGCUGGCCCUCAGGGAGAAGGAGCGAGAYCUGGAGAGGCUCCGCUGCAUCCUGUCCAACAACGAGGAAACCAUCACGAGUUUGGACGCUCUGGUGCGAAGCAAAGAGCUGGAGCUGGAGCAGGCGGCGGAGGCCUACAGGAACCUCCAGUGGCUGAAGCAGAAGAGCGAGGAGGAGGAGAGGAACGCUCUGCGAGAGAAGGACGCCCUCGUCGACCAGCUGCAGACCGCUCUGCGGGCACGCAGCCAGGAGACGCAGGAACUCACGGCGGCCCUCGUUGCCCGAGGGCAAGCCGGUCCCGCCGAGGUGGUGGAGGAGCUGAAGACUCGUCUGGCUCUUAAAGAGAAGCUCUUCCAGGAGCUGUUGUCGGACCGCAGCCGCCAAACUGAUGAACACCGAGCGCAGGUCCAAGAUCUGCUCAGCACACUGGGCUCUAAAGACCAGUAUCUGCAGGACUCCUGCUACAGGCUGUCCUUAGUGAUCAGUGAGCGGACAGCUCAGCAGCAGGAGCUCCGCAGACAGCUGGCRCAGACGGAGCAGGAACUGUGUGAGCUGAGGAGGGACAGGGAGAGAGACGAGGGAGGAGAGACGGACCACCUGCGAAGGCUCCUUAAAGAAAAGGAAGCUUUUAUUAAGGAGCUGAUUCAGGACCAGGAUGAAGCUGUGCAAAAAGAGACAGAGGCAGAGAUGAAGGCUCUGAAGGAGGACAUGCAGCUGGUGCUGAAGAAGGAGCUGGAGGCUCAGGAGGAGAUUUCUGCUCUUAGGUCGUCUUUGGAGGAAGCAAAAGACGGCACCGAUCACCAAUAUGUGCUGGAGCAGCUGGUGACCGAGUACAAGAAGCUGAACGAUGCCCUGAAGGUUGAGAAGAAGCUGUACCAAAAUCUGACCCUCCAUCACAAGAGUGACGGCAGCUCAGAGAAGAUCCAGGCUCUCCACACGGAGCUAGAUUCUGUUCAGGCGCUUCGCGGGCAGCUGGAAGAGGUCCUGGGCAGAACCCGCAGCAUGGCCCUGGCACUGGAAAGGGCAGCUCAAAGGCAGCCUGACACUGGAGAGCUCAGUUCAGAGGAGGAGGAGGGAGAUGAUGAAGACGGCAGCAGCGAGGAGUUCACGGACAGCAUCGAGGAGGAUGAAAACAAUGUGAGCAGCAGAAGUUUGAAAUCUGUUCAGUCUCAAAGAGUUGAUGGUGUGAGUGGAGAACUGGUGAGGAGCUCCUYGCUCCAAAAAGCUGAAAUAAAACAGCUUGAAGAAUCUAAGGAGACACUUGAAGCUGAGAUUGAAGAAAUCCAGUCCCAGCUGAGAAAGGAUGGAUUCAGCUCUUUGGCUGAGAUGAGGACUGUCCUGCAGAGGCUGCAGCAGGAGAAUCAGGCUUUCAAAGAAAAUCCCCCUAGAGUGGUGGGCCUGAGUGCAAACACUGUGAAUAAUUUGAUUCAAGAGGAGGAGGAGGAGGAGGAGGAGUGUAGUGCAGAAGAGGAUGAAGAGUUGGUAACAUUGCAGAUGGUGUCUGGAAAGCGAGGUCCUCCUCAUGCUAGUCAGAGCAAUGAGUCGGGGAAGAGGCACUGCAGGAGGCCCUGUUCUUUGGACCUGACGUCCCACCUAACCCGGACGAAGCUGGAGUUUAGCCACAGCAAAGAGGUGUUGGAGCUCGGUCAGGAUACUGAAGAAGGUCUCCAGGAGCAGGCGGCUCGUCUUCGGUCCGACUUGGCUCUGAGCUGCCAGGAGAUCAGAGAGCUGCAGGAGAGGCUGAUGGUGUCUGAAGCCACAGUCCAGGCUCAGGCUGAGCAGCUGAAGGACUACAGAGAUCUGCUUACAGAGACAUCUGUCCAGCAGGCUAGUAAGCAGGUGCAGGUGGACCUCCAGGAUCURGGUUAUGAGACCUGCGGCCGCAGUGAGAACGAAGCAGAGAGAGAGGACACCAGCAGUCCAGAGUUCGACGACCUGGAGAUGUGCACGUCGCUGUCCCAUCACCAGAGCUGCGACCCUGCGGGCGGCGGCUGGUACGCUGGAGACCGAGGAGCGUAUGAAAUGGGGGAUGAGUCGGCGUCCCUCCAGCACCUAGUCCAGGACCUGCGCUCACAGCUGACCCGCUGCCACAAAGUGAUCCGUGGACUGCAGCUCCGAGUCCGCUCCCUGUCUACCACGAGCGAUUACGCCUCCAGCCUGGAGCGCACACCUCGGAAGGUUAACUGGGCGUUUGAGAAAUCCCCAGCUGCUAGCGGUGUGGAGGAGGACGAGGGCUGGAUGUCUGACACCCAGGGAGUCCGAUCCAGCUCCAGGCCCAAUAGGGAGCUGCAGAAGCUCGUGGAACGAGUUACUUCACUCGAGGCUCAGCUGAAGACCACCAGAGUGGAGGGCAAAGAUCAAGAAGAGGAGGGGAAAUGUGCCACCUGGCCUGGGAAGUACAACUCUUUGAUCCAGGCUCAAGCUCGCGAGCUGUCCCACCUGAGGCAGAGGAUGAGAGAGGGGCAGAGGGUCUGCCACAUCCUGACCCAACACUUAGGAGAUACCACCAAGGCUUUUGAAGAGCUCCUGCGAGCCAAUGAUGUGGAUUACUACAUGGGUCAGAGCUUUAGGGAGCAGCUGGCUCAGAGCGGCACUCUGGCACAAAGAGUUAUCACCAAAAUAAGUGGACGGGAGCACGCAGAGAGCCAUGAUGAUAAGACAGGUCAUGAGUUGCUUGCCUUAAGGCUGAGCAAGGAGCUGCAGAGGAAAGAUCAACUCAUCGAGUCGCUCCACACCAAACWGCAGCAGCAUCCCGAGACCCCGUCCAGCUGCCACGCCCUCUCUGAGACCACUGACCACUCGGACAGGACCUCCCUGGUGUCUGACGAGGACCAAACCAAUGAGGACCUGGAGCUGGGCUCGGAUUUGGACGCCAGAGAGUUUCAGGAGGAGCGGCAGGGACACGCGUCAGAACCAGAUGUCCCCCCAUCUCUCCUUCCUCCUCAUGGUUUCCUCAAGUCCUCCAGCAGCUGUCCCAACAUGCGUUGCUCAGUGGGUCUGACCCCUCAGACAGCUGGAGCUUUUUUCAGUGCUCCUGUCUCCUCUCCUUCUGUCCCCUCCCCUGGCCCUGAUCUCUGGGGUUAUGUCCCCCGGCCCAGGGCCCUGUCUGUGACCGCUGUUCGCCCAGARCUAGACACGCUGUACAAACAGAUGCAGAACAGGGSCUUUCCAGCCCCCCAUGACCAGACCCUGUUCCGUCUUUCAUCAGGCGCUCACAACCAGCACGAUUUCUCCAGCUUCAACCAGCUAUCCCAGCAUGCCUUUCAACACUACCAGCUCGGAGGCGUCUCAGAGGGCCACUCCAUCCACUCCGACUCAGGUUUAAUGUCAGGAAGACCUUUGUGGGACAUGGAGAACUUUSUUCAGCCAGUCGGAGGCUAUGCUGGUCACCAAACAGGAGGCAGCCAAGCAGGAGUGAAUUUGAUAGAGGAACACCUGCAGGAGGUAAGGUGUCUCCGUCAGCGUCUGGAGGAGUCCAUCAGAACCAAUGAGAGGCUCAGGCUGCAGCUGGAGGAGAAACUGGCUUCUAAUGGGCGCGAAGGAGGAGCAGCAACAAACAUCUAUAUUCAGGGCCUGGACACYGUCACUCAGCUGUCUAAUGAGAUCCGAGUUCUAAAGGAGGAGAACCUGGCUCUACAGUCCCGCCUGCARGCUAGCACAGACACAAACCAGGAGGUGGUGCAGUUGCGAGAGGCGGCGUUUGCGGCCCGCACCCGUCUGAAGCAGGCCGAGCUGGAGGCCGAGCAGUGGAAGGAGGAGCUGCGACGCCUUCAGGCUCACACUCAGGAGCAGGGACAGCAGAUUCACACAUUCAGGCAGGAGCGACAGGCCAGCCAGGACAAAACUAACAGGCUACAGCAUGAGGUGUCUCUGCUGCAGCAGCAGCUGAGUGAGAGCCGGGAGCUGAUCCACUCCCUGCAGAGUGAGCUGCACGUUUAUGAUCGAGUGUGUUCCAGCACCAAGGCAAACAAAGGKUACCUGUGCGAGGUGGCCGGUCUUCCUGUGGAGCUGGGGGAGCUGCUGGGGGAGGUGAGGAGUCUGCGAGCGCAGCUGCAAAGCAGCGUCCAGGAAAMCAGCGCUCUCAAGCAGCUGGAGCUGCACAAGCAGCUGGAGCAGAAGCUGGGCGUUGGGUCUCCACGGACUCCGUCUCUGUCUGCCCUCACUGCCAGUCCUCAGAGAGACACCUUCUACAGACGGCAGCUGCUGCACGACCCAGCUCCGUCUCCACCAGUCAGGGACAUUGGUCUGUUUAACUGUGGAUCCCCUGGUCCCCCCUACUCAGAUCUAGAUGACAGCCAUAGCACUGCAAAUGACCCUCUGGAUCCACACUCUGAACUGGAGGGGGAGGCACCGGACGGGUCAUUCGCGAACCGCAACGGUCGCCACGCUAUUGGCCACGUGGACGACUUCAGCGCUCUGCAGCAGCAGGUGCUGGAGGGCCGGAGUCUCGUCCAGCGCAUGGAGACCACCCUGCAGGCCUGGCUUGCCCCACCGCUGCUGGAGGGCAAAGAGAAAGAGAGCAGAGAACUGGUUCUGGAUUACGGAGGAAUAAAGAGCUUUCUGUUGAGCACCAAGACUCUGAGACAGAUCCUGGAGGAGGCAGCAGCUCUGCUGAAGAUGUUCUGGAGAGCAGCUCUUCCCAGCACUGAUCCCUCCAUCCACAAUCUGAAGAAGGAGCAGUGCAUGCAAGAGGAAAUCUUGUCCCUAAAACUGCGAAUCUCCGAGCAGGAAGAGGUCCUUAAAGGGACGGUGCAAAGACUGAGGAACACCAGUCGCACCAAGGAGAGCAUGGAGCACUUCAUAGUCAGCCAGUUAUCGAGGACGCGUGAUGUUUUGAAGAAAGCAAGGACAAAUUUAGAGAGGAAUGAGCUGAGACUUUCUUCUCUAAGCUCCUCCCCUUCCUGUCCUUACGCCGCUGAGAACUCAGGAGGCGCUGCCAGAGACCAGCUUGCUGAUCGCAGUCUCCUGAUGUCCAGCGGUGCUUCUGGAUCCUCGAGAGCRGCAGCCAAUCAGCGCCUGACAGCGAGGAAGCGCAGCAGCCAAUGCCUGCUGUAGACUUUUAAGGAACCAGCCUCAAUGCUACGACCUCUGACCUCUGCUAAACCAGCCAAGUCCCUCCGCCCACCUCCCCCCAUCCCACAUAUCGACCUGCCCAGGCUCCGUCUUUUCCUCCUUUCCUUACCUCCUCCAAGCAGUACAGUCUGCACCUUGAGCCUCACCCUCCCACCUGUUUGUGACUUUCUCUCUCUCUCUCUUUCUCUAUCUCUCUCUCUCUCUCUCUCCCCUCCACCUUCCCCUGUUGUUGUCUUUUAGUGAACAGAAAUCAGAAACAGUCCGCAGUGUUGGCCUUGUCGUGUGUGCAACAGAAAGUUGAGUAAAAAGUGCUUCUGGUGGUUUCAGUAACGUACAUCCUACUGAUGGAUCUGUCUCAGCUGCUCAUCUGUGACUUCACACGCUGUCAUUGUUACAGAUAAAAUCACACAAAGCUGGACAGCCUGUGAGCGGAAAACAAAAAGAAAACAAAAAAGAUGUCCGUGCAUGUUAAAAAUGGUUUGAGAGAGGAGUUCUGCACACGAAGUUUGACUUGAUCUGUUUGAACUGCUCGCUCGAAGACAGCUCACCUGCGACGUUGUCCUCCAUGGCUUGUGUUUUUAUUAACAUCCUUUUGCAAAUGCAAUGCAAAAAAAAGUAUUUAAAAAAAACGACCUCAUAAGCUAUCAUUACACACGAUGGAGGAAUGUAGGUAGGUUGUGUCUAUUUGUGGAGGAAGUCAGCUAUUAGCCAAUGUUUAUUAAUAAUCUUAGCAAAGCCAGAGAGAAGUUCUGUUUAAGACCCGAGCUGCUUCGUUUAGGUCCCAGCUGCUGACCUCAAACUGCAAAGUAUUUAACGAAUCUAAGAACGUGGAGCCAUUAAAGUUAAUUGUUAAUGGACCKGAACCAGACUUAACACACGUCCCCACUCCUUUUGAGCACGUGCAAUAAUAUUUCUUCAGUAAUUAUGCUACACUGGGUUAGAACUCACUCUUAUUUAUUCACGGUUUAAACACAACUGGUGUUAACGAUUGUACUCCUGAGUGUURAUGCAUGAACCAGGUUGUACCUGAAAACCGACACGACGGAGCAGAGAAAUGCCAAAGUUUGAACCUUGAACUUUUCAACUCUGACCUGCCUUAUCCAUGUGAAUGGUAAAGCCCAGAUUGGAUCAACCACAGGGUUACCAAUAUGACUUUUUAUUGAUUUGUAGCUUUAAAAAAAAACAGGUCUUUAGAACUAUAGAGACGGUAACCGUUAGACAGGUGGUUCAGUUUACUGAAACURUUUAUUUGGACCAAAACUUAUUUUCUUAUUUCAAGUUAUUUUUUUCUUGGUUCAGAUUGUCAAAGCAUUCCCAUGGUAAUGGCGAAGUAGAUUAAUAAGUUCAUGCAAACUUUGGCAGGCUGUUGGUUUAAUUAUUGUCCCAUUAUUCAGUUCAGAUUCACGUUUAUUUCGAGUUUUGGUGUUUUUUUUUUGUUUUGUUUUUUUGCUGUAAAUAUGCCAUUUUCAGCUGUAAAUAACCUGCUUUCAUGUAUGAAUUUUUUAGUGUGUGUGAGUGUGUGUUUGUGUGUGUGUGUGAACAUCCAACAUUUGCUUUUGGCAAAGUUGAUUAUCUGGGUAGCUGUGCAAUAGCUCGCUUUUUAAAAAUUUUGAUGUUAAACAUCAUUUAUUGAUUUUUGUGCGUCCUUGCUUUUCUCUACCUCUCAUGGUUUUUUUUCAUGUGUGUGUGUGUGUGUUCGAGGAUGAAGCCACUUUUAAUCAAUUAAUCACAUGGGUCGUAUCAGAUUAGUCCAAACUAUGCCUUUAUGAUAUUGAAUACACUGAUCAUGAAUCACAAAGCUCUGGUUAAUGUUGCUUCGCUUGCCUUUAAAGUUAGCCUGAGAGCGUUUUCGGUCUCAGUGGUAGAAAUGGCCUUGAUAAAGCUUGUACUUGAUUUCUGCUAACUGAGGUUUUUUUCACGUUUGGAAAAAAGAAAAAAAAAGAAAGAAAAAGAGGAAAAAAGUUGCCAAGUAUUUUAAAGGUGGUUCAGAAGGAGYUUGAGUUGAUUGUAAAGCUCAAACUCCACCUUGUUGGAGUGUAAACAAAGCUCUUUUUUUUGUCUCUUUUGCUUUUAGGGAAAGAACCAAACGGYGAAUUAAAGCAAUGUAUUGUUGGUAUUGAGUUGCAUAUGUAUAUAGUGCUAUCUGGUUGGUGCAGGUUAGUUCUGCGUGUGUGCAUAAUGAGCUACUAAGUAAGCCUACUCAGGACUCUGUACUGGUCCUGUCUUUGGUGUGAUGUAUUGGCRACAGUAUUAGCAAUGAAGAUGUUUGAGAAAGAACAAAUAAAAAWUUGGAAAACAA